UAAUAGCAAAAUAAAAAAAAGAAAAGCAUUUUAGUCAUCGUCUAGUAGACCAGUCCCUCUAUCACCUAAAAAAAGAUACAAGUCACUCAGACCAGUGUUAAAAAAGUUAUUUUAAAAGACGCACGAACACUUUUGUUCCACUGUAUGCAAAUGAAUACAUUUCAAGUAUAAUCAUCGAGACAUUAUUGCUUCCGUGUAGUAAUCGGAACCCAUGAAGCGAAACUUGCUUAUUGCAAUUGACUCGGACACGCGGAUUAUACACCUUUGAGCUUGAUCCCAUCCCUAGUACUCGGCCUCCGCGACUUUCCACCGAGUCGCUGAUCGAACAAACCGGCGCUUUGGCGAAACGUAAGCGCUUACGAGGAAUCGGCGUGUCCGCGAAGCAAAUGACUCGUUUAGCGUCGGCAGAUAAAUUACCAGGCAUAAUUGACAGAAUGAAAAGUAGGCGACACCUACUGCUACCAAAGUCAUCGAUGACACCAUGUAUGGCCGCGCACGCAGAUGCAGAAACGGCCUUGACGGCUCUCCUAGAAUGCAGCAACCCAACCGACGCGCACCUCGCUUAAUCCCGACCCCCGGCGACGCGUUUCCUUCCUCCUCGCGUUUUCGCAAGACGAGACGCCGCGCCGCGGAAGCGCGAUUUGUCAGUGAUUUCGCGGAACUCCUGGACGACAUCGAAAGACUUCAACGCCACUGUCAUCGAUGGACUCAGUCUUUCGUUCGUUUUCAUGGGACGACGAGCUUGCCGUCGCCGAUCCUCGAACAAUGUUUUAUAGAUUUUACGAUCGCUACCGGCCCUUCAACGAGGCCCACCGCUUCAGGCCGUUCCCGUACCGGUUCUACUGGGAGGAUUUCGACGUUCCCGUGUUGACGGUCGCGGACGUGGAUCCGUGUCUGGCGGAGAAUGGGACGAACCACAGGACAUCCAGAUACGAUUUGAUGGCCCGACAGGACGACGAUGCCAGGCUGGUCGUCAGACGCGGCCAAGAAUUCUACGUGCACCUCAGCCUAUCGAGAGACUACGACCCGAACAUCGACGGUAUCUCGUUGGUGUUCACGGUGGACGGCGUCGAGAAGCCGCAGCUCGGCCACGGAACGCUGGUCCCAACGCCGGUCCUCUAUCCGGGCGACGUUUCCGACGGACCCUGGCGAGCCACCAUCGACGCGAUCUCAACCAAUUUUCUUCGUUUGAAGAUCGUUCCAAAUGCGAACGCCAUCAUAGGGAAAUGGAGGAUGGACAUCGACACCAGGAACAAGAACUUGGACGGAGCUGUGAGCUUCUCGAUGAGGCAUCCGUUCUAUCUCAUCUUCAAUCCGUGGUCCGAAGAGGACGCGGUGUACCUGGAAGGUGAGGAUCGCCGGCAGGAGUACGUGUUGGCCGAGGACGGGCUGAUAUGGCGUGGAAGUUACAAUCGGCUGCGGCCAACGGUGUGGAAGUACUCGCAGUUCGAGCAGCACAUAUUGGACUGCGCGUUGCAUUUGAUGACCAAAGUCGGGAAAGUUCGGAUCUCGGGCCGAAACGAUCCCGUGGUGAUAUCCCGCAAUUUGUCCGCCGCCGUGAACUCCCCGGACGACAACGGGGCGGUGAUGGGCAACUGGUCCGACGAUUUCGGGGGCGGCACGCCGCCGACCAAAUGGCUCGGCUCCCAGAAGAUUCUGCAACAGUACUACAAGACCAAGAAGCCGGUCAAGUACGGACAGUGCUGGGUGUUCGCCGGGGUGCUGGCCACCGUCUGCCGCACCCUCGGAAUCCCUUGCCGCGUGGUCACCAAUUAUGCCAGUGCCCACGACACUCAGAACAGUUUGACCGUCGACUACUUCGUGGACACCGAGGGCAGAGUGAUGGAGGAGCUCAACAGCGACUCGAUAUGGAAUUUCCACGUGUGGAACGAGGUGUGGAUGCAGCGAUUGGAUUUGGCACCGGAUUGCUCCGGUUGGCAGGUGAUAGAUGCAACACCUCAAGAACUCAGCGACGACGAUACGUACCGUUGCGGCCCGGCCUCCGUCGCGGCCGUGAAAAAGGGCGAGGUGCUUCGUCCUUACGACAACGCUUUCCUCUUCGCCGAGGUAAACGCGGACAAAGUGUUCUGGCGGUACAACGGGCCGACGCAGCCCCUGAAGCUGAUUCGGAAGGACGUGGACGGGAUCGGGCAAUUUAUCAGCACGAAGGCUGUCGGACGGUGGGCGAGGGAGGACAUCACUCAUGCCUACAAGUAUCCCGAAAGAUCGGAGGAAGAGCGGGCUAUCAUGCUGAGGGCGCUGCGUCAGAAUCAAUCCUCGUUCAGCCGGUAUUACUUGAACGAGGAGUUUAACGACAUUAUGUUCGAUUUCGAGCUUCGAGACGAUAUCGUGAUCGGACAACCGUUCAGCGUCGUGUUGCUGAUGAAGAAUAGAAGCCAGGACAUCGAGUACCGGGUCUCCGUGAUCCUGAGGGUCGAGACGGUGACGUACAUAGGUCGGACCGGCGACCCGGUCAAGAGGCUGAACGUCGAUCGUCUGGUGAGACCGGGAGCCCUCGAAGAAGUACGUCUGAACGUGACUUGGGAAGAGUACGGUCUUCGAUUGAUGGACCAGUGCGCGUUCAAUAUCGCCUGCCUGGCCACCGUCAAGGACACCAAUUACGAGUACUUCGGCCAGGACGAUUUCCGCGUGAGGAAGCCCGACAUUAAAAUCGUGAUCGAAGACGAGCCGCGGGUCGGCGAAACGUUGCACGCCCGAGCCAAGUUCAGGAAUCCGUUGCCCAUACCGCUGAGGAAGUGCAGGUUCCUGAUCGAAGGUCCCGGGCUGGUCGAGCAGCUGAAGCUGAAGCUGGCGGAGCCGGUGGAAGUCGACGCGGAGGCCGAGUGCUCGUUCUCCAUGGUGCCGAAGUUCGAAGGUCGCGCCACGAUCGCCGCGAAAUUCUAUUCGAGGGAGCUCGAGGACGUGGACGGGUUCAUCAACUUCAUGGUGAAGCCGGCGACCGCGAACGGCGAGUAACGCGGCCCAGCUUCUCCGAAUGUACCAGCGUGCUUCCACAAAGAUCGCCGAGUCUCGUAGUAUUUAUUUCUGUUACUCUGCACGCGGUAAAUUCUCUCCGAUCGUUCCUCGGUUUGUAAACGAAAAUGAACAAUUUGGCGGACUGUCGACGACAAUGAAAAAGCAAACCGCGAGACUAAUCGCAUCCACAGUUCCUAAAAUUCUCCAUUUUCGUUCGCAAGCUGAGGAACAAUUGCGGAGAAUUCACCGUGCUUGGAUAGCGUGCCGACGAGACGGCACUGCGUCGUCGCCGACGUCGACGUCGACGCGUGCAGCGGACGCACGGAGAGCGGCGGAGGCGACGGAACGAAUGGCAUACCGGUUCGGAACAGGCUUCUGCGUUCGGCCGCGAUAAAAAAUUCAAUCGGCAGUGGACUACCUGAGCGGCGCGGAUAGCUCGGACUACCGGCUACACGGUGCACGGUGCACGGAGCACGGUGUGCACGGUGCGAUAUUAACGAGCGGCAGCCGUGGACCGCUCUGCGUCGAACGCGCGAUUAUUCCGAAUGGGAGAAGGACGGCCGCGGAGCGGAUCGAACGGGAGGAGAAGACGGAGACGGCGAUGAUGAGACCCGGCGAGUCGCGACGAUCGUGACGCGAGCCAUGCAUCACCAUCUGGGAAAAUUAAUGGUGAAAUAUGGCGGACGACGAACGGCCGCGAUGCUAGGAGCAGAUCCGAGAGGAGGCUCGAACGAAAACGAGAGCAAACGGUUCGAUGUUUCUCUUGGUAUCGGCCGGAUACCGGCGAUGGCGAGAUGGCGAGAUGGCGAUGGCGACCAUGGUUCUAUAGUCCCGUGGUAUGCGCGCUCUCCGCUCUCGGAAUCACUUACGGACAAGGUAAUAUUUUUGUGGCGGGUCUCUCGUCUCGAUUACGGGGGAACCGAGGGGAAGGGAGCGCAACGAUAAGCUGGUAGCAAGUGAAGACGAAUACGAGGAUCGUAUAAGGAAGAAGAAAAAUGGUAAACGAAAGGUCAGAGCCGAACGACAGGCACGGGAACGGUGGGCGAACGAGCGGAGAAAGAGAGAGAGAGCGCGAGAGGAAGAACGAUACAGAAGAUAGCAGUGAGAUAUGUCUAAAUACAUAACCGUGACACGUGAUGGACGUGUUGCGGCCCCUGUCUACAGGGGUCUCGGACGAGAGAGAGAGAGCCCACAGGGCCCGUACCCGAUCUCCAUUUGGAUCCACGGGAUUCUGGACUCGGCACCCUGCUACGCGCUAUGCAUCAACACCCAAGAUCCAUCCCAUUAUACCUCAUCAAAAUAACAAACACGCCUUCCAUGCUAAACCAACAUUCUUUUGUUCCCAUCGAAUCCCAGGAUCCAUCAGAAUCGCCGCGAACGGCGCGUCAGUGACGUAUAUGUUUUCGUGGAGCCGUGCCCGGUGGCCAUAGGGGGUCCCGUAGGCCCGCGAUGCCACGCAACUAUCCGAGAAGAUAUCGUGAAAUAUUGUCCAAUGGCGGGAGGUCGAUCCAGCUUCCCGAAACUUCUUCAACUCCGAGUUUCAGAUCACUGUUCGCGGUGGAUAGCGGACCCGGUUACCCUCGGGUCAUCGACGUUGCCGCGUUUGGCCUGUUUUUCGACGUAAUUUCUUUUCCGAUUAAUAAUAUAAUUCGGACAUAGCUUUGUAUUUAUCGAAUGAGACGUUGUGAAAUGUUCGUAUUCACAAAUACACUGAAUGAAGGAAUAAAAAGAUUCGGAGGCACAGGCGAAUCCGGUCGAUUCGCACAGUAACCGGCUUCGCUACCCUUGUCUUUCCUCGAGACAUUCGCUCCGCUGCGAUCGGUAGACUGCCUUUUUACGCAGAGACGAAUUUUUAUGCGAUGCUAAAAUUCUCUGCAUUAAUUACAAGAUACGUAAACAUUGAUUUCUCUUCUUAAACCUCGGAGUUGGAGUUACGAAAGUUCUCUAUCGAAACUCUGUCGGAUCCAUCAAAUUCAAAUUCUAAUUUUACGACUGGCAUCUCUAAUCGUCAACCCUUUGCACUCGUAUGACGACCUGGGGGCACCGGUACAAAUUGCUACAUCGCUUUUUAAAGUGAUUUUUGCAUUGUUAAGUUAGUUUAUAUUUAACGAGUUGUUAAAAGUGUAAGUACCGCGCGAGCAGAGAAAGAAAAAUAAUAUAAAAUCAAAUAGCUUCGAGUGCAAGGGGUUAAUUAUUAAUUUCAAUCUCGAUAAAAUUGAUUUGGAAAUAUACAGGGUAUCUCAGCCGAAGGGGGCCACUUAAAUUGUCUCUGUUAUUAUCGAGAUACUUUCGGAGAUUUCAUGGUCACCUUCACUUUUUUAAUCAGAAUCAUAUAAUUAUGUAUACAUUAGUUGAUGCAGUUCGACAUUUUAAUAUAGUAAUAAUAAUAUAUAAAAAUGUUUGUAAAUAGCGAUCCGUUUGUUUGUAUCGCGUAUUCUGUACAAGUUAAUGCACAUAUACGUAAGGGCAAAAUCUGUCGGUAAAAUAUAUCGCACAAAAUACGCGUUCAUAUAACCGAGAGUCCGGUCGAACCGAGUAUAGAUAAUAGAGGUUCGCUUCGAAGUUCAAAUAACAGAGUGUCCGACCUCGAGCUGUUCAUACAAUAGAGUUUUUACUAUAAUAUGUAAGUAGACUGCGGAUGUUAAUGCAAAAUGAAACUUGUCUUUGUUAAUUGCUAGAUGCAGAAACUACAUAAACGUUUCCUUUUUUUUAAAUAAAUGUAAAGAGUUGAUAAUGAUGCAAUAAUAUUUUCAAAUUGUUUAUUUUGCAUUUGAUUUAUACAUUCUUGGUAUAAAUGCAUAAAAUCCGCAAUCUAGUAACAAGAAAUGUUCGCCGUCGCCAAGUUAAUAAUUGUAACGAGUUCAAAAAUCAUCUAACGCCAUUUCUAAAUUUGUCAAAUAUUUAUAUUCUUUUCAGUUCAGAUCAUUCACCAUUUAAAUAUUAUUAAUUAAUAUUUAGCGUACAAUUUCGAUGUUUACGACUGUUUCUUGCUUCCGUCCGUUUACAAGUUGUGCUUUUCGAUGUCGAAAACGUGCUCUACAAGAACCAACAGAGACAGAAAACCCGUUCCAUCCCUUAAACUAGCAUUUCGGUUUCCAUCCGCGUCUCUAGAUGACAGCACCGCCCUCGAUAUCGCGCGCUGUGGUUCCCAAAGAUUCGUGGAUCCUCGACUUUUCGAAUAAAUGUAUCUAAGAGAGGCGGGCAUCUACGAUUAAAUUAUUUUAUGCGAU